UCGAAGCACUUGGGAGGUAGAGGCAGAUGGAUUUCUGUGAGGCCAGCCAGGGGUACAUGGUAAAACUCUAUCUCAAACACAAACUGAGAGAGGUUGGCCAAGUUGCCUCUCCUGAUUAAUUCUGGGAGAACUGGAAACCAGGGGGCUUAAGGCAGCCCAGCACUUGAGUUCAAUCUGCAUGACAAGGCUUGUUUUUUUUAUUUUUCACCUCCUUUGAAAACAAGAGCUACAGAUUUACAGUUCUGCAGGGGAGCCUGCUUCACAGGCCAGCAUGCUCAAGGUUAUGUAAAUCAUAACAAUGUCUGUCUUCAGAAAAACAGUCGAGGUAUAGGAACAUCACCCUAUUCUGUAGAAGCUGAAGAAGGUCCCAGGCGUUCUUGUGUUCCUUCCCACAUUUGUUUACAUUCCAAAUUCCCUUUUUGAGAAAUAUUAACAUGGGAUGUUCCCAUGUUCAUGUCAAAUUCAUUAUAUCCUCACCACUCCCCAAAACAGUCUGGAUGCCAGCACUAUAGAGUUGGGACAACAGAUCUGUUCUGGGUUCUAGACAGCUAACAUCUCAUUUUAUAUUAGAGACUGAAUGUAAGUGAGUUCUCCAGGGUUCCCUUCGUAGGGGCACUAAUCUGUGAGGCUCUGCUUCAUUACCUCAAAGGCCCAGCCUUCAAAUAUAACCCUAGUGGAUGUUUUAAAAAUGAUAAUAGGGGUGUGGGUUGCCACACAGUCUAUUACAGGCAGUUAAGGCUAAGACUAUAAUGCAGAAAAAUUGCACUCAUUUAAGCUUUAGUCCAGACAUCGACUUGAUCGUUCAUUGGCUGCCAGGUAAAACUAAUGAUUCUUCCAGAACCAAAUGACAGUACUAAACCUGUAUUCAAAGAAGCUUAGUUACUCGUUAUUCUUGGUCAUGCCCCAUCAGAACAAAUGCAGUUAGCUCUGUUCUUCGUACUUCAUCAGUAAAGUCACCUGCAGAAAACACAGAUCGCUCUGGUUUAGGGAAGCUUGUGCUUUGUGGCCUUUAUCUCACUUUCGUGACACAAUGUGUCAUCCAGUACACAGAAGAGUUGAUCUGCGUUUCUUUGGGGGCUUUAAUCGCCACUCAUGGUCCCAGGGAUUUACUUCAUCUCAGCUCUGACCUGGGACCCCCACUCCUUUUGAGUUAGCACGCCUGGCUUUUGUCCGGCCCUGGCCCCUCCUGGUGUCACCAAGGUUUGUUGGCAUUCCAAUCCACCGCAUGACACUGAGAUCAGCAGCCGUUUCUUCGAGGAGCUAGUGCGCAGGCGCACGUGGAAAUGGGAUGAAGAUGCGCCUGUGAAUGAGUUACUACUUGAACACCGGGUGGAAAGAGGGCUCUCGAGGCUGAGGUAGGCCGAGCCAUGCAGAGCGCAGGCGCGCGGACACCUUAGUGAGACGUGGUUCCGCAGGCCGUGUGGCACUAUCCCGGGAAGACAAAGAGGCUGCCAAGCUUGGGCUGUCAGUGUUCACGCACCACCGCGUGGACAGCGAAGGCCCAAGCACCACCCCAUCUGCUGCCAGGAAGAAGCCUCGUGCUGAGGACAAGGCCGAACUGGAUACAGAGAGUCACAAGAAAAGCAAGAAAGAAAAGAAGAAAAAGAGGAAGAAACACAAGAAACACAAGAAGAAGAAAGACAAAGAACACAAGAGGGAGACUGACAGCUGCCCAUCCUCUCCCUCUCCUCGGCCCAGACACCAGAGACAUGAUUCUGACUUCUCCCCCUGCUGUAAGAGGAAGCGGGGACAUAGCCAGGACAAUGGAAGGAGUCCACCCCGAAGACGACAAGACAGAGGCUCUGAUGACUGAGAAUGUGGCUAAACCAAAGGACACCAGAGCCUUGGUUGCCCUGAGCUGGGACCUUGCCCACCACCAAGCUUUGUGGGGUCUAUAAAGAGUAGUCACUGGAUGCCAAUUGGCUACCAGCCCCUUCCCUACUUGCCCAGACUAACCAUCCCAUCCCUAUCUGGGAUAAGGCAGGUGGCUGCUCUCUGGUAGGAUUCUGAACCAAGCUUGUUGGACCUUGGAGUCUAUCUUGCCAUUUGGAGGCAACUGAUGUGGCAACCACCCCAUGUUGCUGAGGAGUGGGGUCCUGGGUGACCACAGCCUGGUGACUGUGUGAGGGUAGUAACUUGCCUUGCCCCCAUUCCAAGGAAGAUACAGUUGCCUAGGAGACUAAGGCCAGAUUCCUGUUUCUGCUGCCACAGUUCAGGCCCUUGAGAUUUAGGUGUGUGUGUGUGUAUGUGUGUGUGUGUGUGUGUGUGUGUGUGUAUCUGGUUACUUCUACUUUUUGUAUCAACCCACUUUGUACAUAAGUAAAUGUAUUUUAAAAGUA